UGGUCCGUUAUAUUGUGUGAUUUUUGGCGGUCGACGUAACGCUCGUUUGAUCGAUGAAACUAAACUUUAUCUUUCAAAGGUUAGUACUUUUUUAAAUGGUUUUUAAUCUUUCAAAUAAUUUAAGAAAGAGAAAUUGAUAAUUAUGGUGAAAUUAACAUCCAAAUUUAUCGAGAAAAAAUAUGCACAAGUUCGAUCAAAAUCCCUUAGUACAGCAAAUAAAAAGCAAGAAUUAUGGAAGUUAACGCAUUUGUACAUGAAUGGAAUGUUCAUCAAUGAAAUUGGUAAUUUUGCGGUAUGCAAAAAUUUAAAAGUGAUAUAUCUUCAAGAUAAUAAUAUAUCACGUAUAGAAAAUUUACAUUUUGCAACAAAUUUAACACAUUUAUAUAUGCAACAUAACAAAAUAAGGAAACUAGAAAAUUUAGAUUGUCUACAAAAUUUGCGCAAACUUUAUAUGGGAUAUAAUUGCAUUAGUGUAAUUGAGGGAUUAGAAAAUAUAGAAAACUUAAUAGAACUACACGUAGAAAAUCAAUUCUUAACUCUAGGUGAAACAUUAUGCUUUGAGCCACGCAGCGCUGUUACAUUAUCUAAGUGUUUAAAAAGACUUAAUAUAUCAAAUAAUAAAAUGACAACUUUAAAUGAUAUAGCAAAUUUUAAUGAAUUGGAAAUUUUGGAAGCGAAGAAUAAUUUAUUUGAAGAUAUUGAAGAUUUAACUCAAACAAUAAGUACAUUAAUUUCACUCAGAGAAUUAUAUAUGAACGGCAAUCCAGUUGUCCAAAAACAUAGAUAUAAAGAAAGUCUCAUUGCUAACAGUAACACAUUAGUAAAUUUAGAUGGAAAGAGUAUUUCUGAUAUCUGUCGCAAGUUUUUACAAAUUUUUAAAGAGAAACGUUUUAACCAAUCUAUUAAAAAAAUGACAGUACCGCUAACAGAUGACAUUGCAAAUUCUUUGAAUUUACCACCUGCGUUUAAGAAAUCUAUAUGUAGAGCAAUAUUUCAACAUCCUGGACCUAAAUUAUCUAUAACAGUUACAUCUGCAAUGGGUGAAUUACAGCCUCAGAGUUUUCCAUCAUGGAAAAUGGCUGCUGGUAUAAACAGUCUAAAAGAUAAUCAUAUAACACCACGACCAUUUUGGAGGGAUACAAGUAACAAAAAAGAAACCUAUAGAGUAAACUCAAUGAAUAACAAAUCAAUCAUGUUACCACCAAUCUGAUGGAUGUUGGUGAUGGAGGGACCGAUCAUCGUGAAAUUUUUACACGGAAGUUAAUGGAACUUCUCUGCAUAUAAUCCUUAUUAUACGUCUCCUUGCUUCCGUACGCGAAUGAGAGGGAAAACACUCAAACUCGUGACGGCCUGGGUUUUUGGAAGCGCGAGAUUAAGUCCUACAGAGGACUACGCUUUGAUCUUUGUAAUAUCGAAAUAUAGACACAAUCGGUCGUGUCUCGAGAUGUCUGAAACCGACAGCGUGGAUGGUGGAGCGAUCUGUAAGCGGGGUUUUAUACAUCUCCAGUUUGCUGAGAAGUCUGAAGCUCUCGAAGCGAAAAAGCAUCCCGAACGCGAACGUUAGAGUAAAAUCCCCGUUAGCUUGUGGGUCCUUAGAUGCAGCAACCUCCACACGGUCGGACCAGGAUCGGUAGUACUUACGACAUAUCGAAAUCAAUGUCUAAAUUAUAACUAAAAUCAAUAACCAAAUUAUAUAUAUAUCAUCUGAAGUGUGUGUGUAACUAACUUAAAUAUAUAAUUAUAUAACGCAAAUACUAUCGGGCGGAUGGCUGCAUAUUUCGAUCUUUUUCCAAUAUCUCUCUUCUAUCCAUAAUCUAUAUUUAAAAAAUAGCAAAGCUUUCACACGAACGCAUACACUCCACGAUUUUCUCACAUACCACCAGGGUGCAAAAGCCUAAACUAGAGUGUAUGUCCCGGAGCACCUCUGACACCAUAGAUCCAUCAUCUACCGAUUUGAUAAUUAAAUUUAUAACGAAAUCAAUUCUGAUCAAAAGGAUAGCGAUACAAAAUCUACAGAUGUAGAAGUAAAUGAAACGAAGUGGUCACAUAAAGAUCUUGCAUUAAAGAUUCUUUCUUUGAAAGUAGCUGCGCAUUUAAAAUGGAAUUUAGAUAUAUUGGAAAAGAAAUUACCUUUACCAAUACAAGUAACUUUAUCGCAAGAUCUGUUCUAUAUAACAACAGAUAUUAUUGUUGAAAUACCUGCGAUUCCUGAUUUUUCUAUACAUAACGUUUCUGACCAAGCGUUGUUUACAAUUGUCUUAUAUCACAGGUGACAUAUAGAGCAAUAAUUUAUAGAGCUCUAAAUAGCGUAUGAUUAAUAAAUUAGGGGAUACGUAACAAUUGCUGUAAUCGACUGUCAUGGCUAAUGAUUAUUGCGUAAAUGAUUAAAGCAAAAAAUACUAGUACAUACCAGUAUAUCAACAUACUAGUAAUAUACGAGUAUUUCCAUAUUACCACAAAAUGUGGUAACUCUACUAUGCAAAACGAUAUUAAAGAUAAUAUAUUAGAUAUGUAAGAUAUAUAAUUAUUUAUAAAUAAUCGCGAAACGAUGUCCAAUGCACCACAUAGCACGAACACACAGAUACAAGGUACAUCGUGCGCAAUCACUAACGCUAUGACAGUCGCCAUUAUGGGAAAACUUAAAACUAAACCCAUACUAACAGUUUCUCACCCAUACGAGUAACACCUGGGCACACGCAUAGAUGAGAACGCAGAAAGUAUGGGAGGGAGAAACGGGAAUUAGUAUAUUAGCAACUGAAAAUCCUGAUCUAAAAAAUUAUUAACUUAUUUUAGGGCCUACGGACUAUGACUCUACAAGUCUCUUUGUUUUUUUAUUAGCAAUGAUUCUACUCGACUUUUUUCUUUCAAAAACAAGGACUCUAUUGAGACUUCUUUUAUCAAAAAAAUUAAUUGAAUAUUUAUUUAAUUUUGUAUUUAAUCUUGUAUGAAAGAAUAAUCAAAAAACCUUGGAUGAUUCCUUUUAGGAAGUGGCUGUUCUAAUUAAAAAGUUAAAUCAUGAUCUACCACUCGUUUUCCAGAAUCUAUUCGUCGCGCUUGUCUUCUUGUUCAUUUUUUCUUUUUUAUCUAACAUCGAUACGUCGAGAUAAAUCGCGAUUAAAUAGACUAAGUACGAAUCAAUGCAUAAAACGUAGAUCACAUUACAUGCUUUUUGGACGGAAUCGGAUAAAUUAAUAUCCGGUUAUAUUGCUAAUAUCUUAUUAGCAAUAUCUUAUUAGCAAUAUAUCUUAUUAUUAAUUGAACUAUUAAAUAAUCCAAUCUAUGAAACAAAAAGAUUCUAUCCUAAACUAAUAAAAUUUAAUUUUCUGUGUAUGCAAAAUCGCUAAUAGAGGAUAUUAGCGAAUUCAAUGAUGAUCAUCUAAAACAAAAAGAAAAUAUAUAAUACUAUAAUACAAUAGAACGUAAUAUAAUACGUCCGUUUGACGUACCAAUACAUAAACUUUUUAUUUCUAUAAAUUAUUUAAACGCGUGAUUCUACAUUUUGAUAUAAGAUGCAAUCAAGAAAUCGAACAAUUGAGGAAUCUUGAAUAUAUAUUAUCAAUAAAAAUAUAAAAUAUAUGAGUUGCUUUUUUAUGAAAUACAUUAUUUAAACAAAAAUUAUAGAGAACCUUAGAACAACGAUAAAAAUUGUAAAGGCAAGAAAAAAGAUAAUUAUUAAGAUGUUAAUAUUCAUAAUAAUUAAGUCUCAAAUUUCAAUUAAGGAUCUGAUAAAAAAUAAAAAAUAUAUGAUAAGACCACAAUCCAUUCUCGAAAGGUAUAGCAGCAACUGGCUCCUCUUAAUUACUUGAAAGCCUAGAUGUAAUUUUUUUCAAACAAACAAUAAUUUACACAUACAAUUUUAUUAUAUAUAUAUAUAUAUAUAUAUAUAUAUAUAUCAAUAAAAAUAUAUGUUGCAUAUGUAUAUAUGUAUUUAAUUUUAAAUAUGUAUAUAUAUACUAUAAUGAGUUCGUUAAAUAAGAAAUUAAUCUAUUUAUAUCUCUAUUGAGAUACGAGAAAUAAACAAAGUCGAAAAAUAGUUAAAAUCAUCGUAGAACACAAUAAAUUUUGAUUGAAUUUAAAUGCAGCCAUUAGCUCGAUAGUACUUACGUUAUUUAUAUUUAUCAGAUAUCGUAAGUAAUAUCGAUUUCCAGGUCCCACCGCGUGGAGGUUGCUGCAUACGGAGACCCACGGGCUAAAGACUCUACUUUUAAUAUAAAUUAUUUUGAAAGCUAUUAUUUUGAAAGCUAUUAUAUAAAAUCAUUGUUAUGACAUAUUCAAUAAUAAUUAUUAUAAUUUUAGAAAAUUAUAAUUAUAAUUAGAAAAAAGAAACAAAAUCAAUCGCGAAACGAAUCAAAAAUUUUUUUCUA